GUCAGCCAGCCCCUCAGGCCGCGAGAGGCACCGGGAUCGCUGGCGGCGGCUGGAGCCGGCAGCGGCUGGAGACUGAUCCCGCACGCCGGCGGGGCGAGGCUGCGGGGCCGCUGCGCGUCAGGCCCUUAACUAAGAGGAAGCUAAACGAAGAUGCCCUCUGAGUCCUUCUGUCUGGCUGCCCAGGCUCGACUUGACUCCAAAUGGUUGAAAACGGAUAUACAGCUUGCAUUCACCAGAGAUGGGCUCUGUGGCCUGUGGAAUGAAAUGGUUAAAGAUGGAGAAAUUGUGUACACUGGGACAGAGUUAGCCCAAAAUGGAGACCUCCCUCCUAGAAAAGAUGAUGGUGUUGAAGCCCAAAGUGGAACCAAGAAAGAAGAUCUAAAUGACAAAGAGAAAAAAGAUGAAGAAGAAAUCCCUGCACCUACAUUUAGGGCCAAAUCAAUCCUGGAGAGCUGGGUAUGGGGUAGGCAACCAGAUGUGAAUGAAUUGAAGGAAUGUCUGUCUGUGCUGGUUAAAGAGCAGCAAGCCCUGGCUAUCCAGUCAGCCACCACUACCCUGUCAGCCCUGAGACUCAAGCAGAGGCUGGUCAUCCUGGAACGCUACUUCAUUGCCUUGAAUAGAACUGUUUUUCAAGAGAAUGUUAAAGUUAAGUGGAAAAGCAGCAACAUUUCUCUGCCUCCUGUGGACAAAAAGAGCUCUCGGCCCACCGGCAGAGGGGUGGAAGGGCUUGCCAGAGUUGGAUCCCGAGCAGCGCUCUCCUUUGCCUUUGCCUUCUUACGCAGGGCCUGGCGGUCAGGCGAGGAUGCAGACCUCUGCAGCGAGCUGUUGCAAGAGUCCCUGGACGCCCUGCGAGCUCUUCCAGAAGCUUCGCUUUUUGACGAGAGCACAGUAUCUUCCGUGUGGCUGGAGGUGGUGGAGAGAGCAACCAGGUUCCUCAGGUCUGUCGUGACAGGGGAUGUUCAUGGAACACCAGGGACCAAAGGGCCUGGAGGAGUUCCCUUGCAGGACCAGCACUUGGCCUUGGCAAUCCUGCUGGAGCUGGCUGUUCAGAGAGGCACACUGAGCCAAAUGUUGUCUGCCAUCCUGUUGUUGCUUCAACUGUGGGACAGUGGAGCGCAGGAAACUGACAAUGAGCGAUCUGCUCAGGGCACCAGCGCCCCCCUCCUUCCUCUCCUGCAGAGGUUCCAGAGCAUCAUUUGCAAUAAAGACACGCCUCAUGCAGAGGGGGACACUCACCUUUUAUCUGGUCCUCUGAGUCCCAAUGAGAGUUUCCUGAGGUAUCUUACUCUUCCACAAGACAGUGAGCUCGCCAUUGAUUUACGACAAACAGCUGUUGUUGUCAUGGCCCAUUUAGACCGCCUGGCUACCCCCUGCAUGCCUCCUCUGUGUAGUUCUCCAACAUCUCAUAAGGGAUCGUUGCAGGAGGUCAUAGGUUGGGGAUUAAUAGGAUGGAAAUACUAUGCCAACGUGAUUGGACCAAUCCAGUGUGAAGGCCUUGCCAACCUUGGAGUCAUGCAAAUUGCUUGUGCAGAGAAGCGCUUCCUGAUCCUGUCUCGCAAUGGCCGUGUGUACACACAGGCCUACAAUAGUGAUACUCUGGCCCCCCAACUGGUCCAGGGUCUUGCCUCCAGAAACAUUAUAAAAAUUGCCGCCCAUUCUGAUGGCCACCACUACCUGGCCUUGGCUGCCACUGGAGAGGUGUUCUCCUGGGGCUGUGGGGACGGAGGACGACUGGGCCACGGGGACACUGUGCCUCUGGAGGAACCUAAGGUGAUCUCUGCUUUCUCGGGGAAGCAGGCUGGGAAGCACGUGGUCCACAUAGCGUGCGGGAGCACGUACAGUGCGGCCAUCACUGCGGAAGGAGAACUGUACACCUGGGGCCGGGGCAAUUACGGCCGCCUGGGCCAUGGCUCCAGUGAAGAUGAAGCCAUUCCAAUGCUGGUAGCUGGGCUUAAAGGACUGAAGGUCAUCGAUGUUGCGUGCGGGAGUGGGGACGCUCAGACUCUGGCUGUGACUGAGAACGGGCAAGUGUGGUCUUGGGGAGAUGGCGACUAUGGGAAAUUGGGUAGAGGUGGUAGUGAUGGCUGCAAGACGCCCAAGCUGAUUGAAAAACUUCAAGACCUGGAUGUUGUCAAAGUCCGCUGUGGAAGUCAGUUUUCUAUUGCUCUGACGAAAGAUGGCCAAGUUUAUUCGUGGGGAAAAGGUGACAACCAGAGGCUUGGACAUGGAACAGAAGAACAUGUCCGUUAUCCCAAACUCUUGGAAGGCUUGCAAGGCAAGAAGGUGAUUGACGUGGCUGCUGGCUCCACCCACUGCCUGGCUCUGACAGAGGACAGUGAGGUGCACAGCUGGGGGAGCAAUGACCAGUGCCAGCACUUCGACACACUGCGUGUGACCAAGCCGGAACCCGCCGCCCUGCCAGGACUGGACACCAAACACAUAGUUGGAAUUGCCUGUGGGCCUGCCCAGAGCUUUGCCUGGUCCUCUUGCUCCGAGUGGUCCAUUGGCCUCCGUGUGCCUUUCGUGGUGGACAUCUGCUCAAUGACUUUUGAGCAGCUGGAUCUCCUGCUGCGGCAAGUGAGUGAGGGCAUGGAUGGCACUGCUGAUUGGCCUCCACCACAGGAGAAGGAGUGCAUGGCCGUGGCUACACUCAAUCUUCUGCGACUUCAGUUGCAUGCUGCCAUCAGUCACCAGGUUGACCCAGAAUUCCUUGGUUUAGGUCUGGGCAGUGUCCUCCUGAACAGCCUGAAGCAAACCGUGGUGACCCUGGCCAGCAGCGCAGGCGUGCUGAGCACCGUGCAGUCAGCCGCUCAGGCCGUGCUGCAGAGCGGCUGGUCAGUACUGCUGCCCACGGCCGAGGAACGGGCCCGGGCCCUCUCUGCACUCUUGCCCUGCACAGUUUCAGGUAAUGAAGUGAAUAUAAGCCCGGGUCGUCGGUUCAUGAUUGAUCUGCUGGUGGGCAGCUUGAUGGCUGAUGGAGGAUUAGAGUCGGCCUUAAAUGCAGCCAUUACGGCAGAAAUCCAGGAUAUUGAAGCCAAAAAGGAAGCACAGAAGGAGAAAGAAAUUGAUGAACAGGAAGCAAAUGCCUCAACAUUUCAUAGAAGUAGGACUCCCCUGGAUAAAGACCUUAUUAACACGGGGAUCUAUGAAUCUUCUGGCAAGCAGUGUCUGCCUUUGGUUCAGCUCAUACAGCAGCUCCUUAGAAACAUUGCUUCUCAGACUGUAGCCAGAUUAAAAGAUGUUGCUCGUCGCAUUUCAUCAUGUUUGGACUUUGAGCAGCAUAGUCGUGAACGAUCGGCUUCAUUGGAUUUGUUGCUACGUUUUCAGCGUUUACUUAUCAGUAAGCUUUAUCCAGGAGAAAGUCUUAGUCAGACCUCAGAUAUUUCCAGUCCUGAUCUGAUGGGCGUUGGUUCUUUGCUGAAAAAGUACACGGCCCUUUUGUGCACACACAUUGGAGACAUUCUCCCCGUGGCCGCUAGUAUCGCUUGCACCAGCUGGAGGCACUUUGCCGAGGUAGCCUGCAUCCUGGAAGGGGACUUCACAGGUGUCCUUCUUCCUGAACUAGUAGUUUCUAUAGUGCUUCUGCUCAGUAAAAAUGCUGGUCUCAUGCAAGAGGCUGGAGCUGUUCCUCUGCUGGGUGGUCUGUUGGAACACCUGGAUCGCUUCAACCACCUGGCCCCGGAAAAGGAGAGGGACGAUCAUGAAGAGCUGGCCUGGCCUGGAAUAAUGGAGUCAUUUUUUACAGGUCAGAACUGCAGAAAUAAUGAGGAAGUGACGCUUAUUCGCAAAGCUGAUCUGGAGAAUCACAACAAGGAUGGCGGCUUCUGGACCGUGAUUGAUGGGAAGGUGUAUGACAUAAAGGACUUCCAGACCCAGUCCGUGACAGGAAAUAGUAUUCUGGCUCAGUUUGCAGGAGAAGACCCAGUGGUUGCUUUAGAAGCAGCUUUGCAGUUUGAAGACACACGCGAGUCCAUGCAUGCGUUCUGUGUUGGCCAGUAUUUGGAGCCUGACCAAGAAGUGGUUACCAUACCAGAUCUGGGAAGUCUCUCUUCACCUCUAAUAGACACAGAAAGGAACCUGGGACUGCUUCUUGGAUUACAUGCUUCUUAUUUAGCAGUGAGCACACCGCUGUCUCCUGUCGAGGUUGAAUGUGCCAAGUGGCUCCAGUCGUCCAUCUUCUCUGGAGGCCUGCAAACCAGCCAGAUCCAUUACAGUUACAAUGAAGAGAAAGAUGAGGACCACUGCAGCUCCCCGGGGGGCACACCUGCCAGCAAGUCACGGCUCUGCUCUCACCGACGGGCCCUGGGGGACCAUUCGCAAGCCUUCCUGCAGGCGAUUGCAGAUAACAACAUCCAAGACCACAAUGUGAAGGACUUCCUGUGUCAGAUUGAAAGGUACUGCAGACAGUGUCACUUGACCACGCCUAUCAUGUUUCCUCCUGAGCAUCCCGUGGAGGAAGUUGGCCGCUUGCUGCUGUGCUGCCUCCUAAAACAUGAAGAUUUAGGUCAUGUGGCCUUAUCUUUAGUUCACUCGGGUACACUUGGAAUUGAGCAAGUAAAGCACAGAACAUUGCCUAAGUCAGUGGUGGAUGUCUGUAGAGUUGUCUACCAAGCAAAAUGCUCACUCAUUAAGACUCACCAAGAGCAGGGCCGUUCUUACAAGGAGGUCUGCGCACCUGUCAUCGAACGCUUGAGAUUCCUCUUCAAUGAAUUGAGGCCUGCUGUUUGCAAUGACCUCUCUAUAAUGUCCAAGUUUAAACUGUUGAGUUCUUUGCCUCGUUGGCGGAGGAUAGCUCAGAAGAUAAUUCGAGAACGAAGGAAAAAGAGAGUUCCUAAGAAGCCAGAAUCCACUGAUGAUGAAGAAAAAAUCGGAAAUGAAGAGAGUGAUUUAGAAGAAGCUUGCCUUUUGCCUCAUAGUCCGAUAAAUGUGGACAAAAGACCCAUUGCAAUUAAAUCUCCCAAGGAUAAAUGGCAGCCACUGUUGAGCACGGUCACAGGAGUUCACAAGUACAAGUGGUUGAAGCAGAAUGUUCAGGGGCUCUAUCCACAGUCUGCACUGCUCAGCACAAUUGCUGAAUUUGCCCUUAAGGAAGAGCCGGUAGAUGUGGAAAAAAUGAGAAAGUGCUUACUGAAACAGUUGGAGAGAGCCGAGGUUCGCCUGGAAGGGAUAGAUACAAUUUUGAAGCUGGCAGCCAAGAACUUCUUACUUCCAUCUGUACAGUAUGCCAUGUUUUGUGGAUGGCAGAGACUUAUUCCUGAGGGAAUUGAUAUCGGGGAACCCCUUACAGAUUGCUUAAAAGAUGUUGAUUUGAUCCCACCUUUUAAUCGGAUGCUGCUGGAAGUAACUUUUGGCAAGCUGUAUGCUUGGGCUGUUCAGAAUAUUCGGAAUGUCUUAAUGGAUGCAAAUGCCAAAUUUAAAGAGCUUGGUAUCCAGCCUGUUCCCCUACAAACCAUUACCAAUGAGAACCCUUCAGGACCAAGCCUGGGGACCAUCCCACAAGCUCGCUUUCUCCUGGUGAUGCUCAGUAUGAUCACCCUGCAACAUGGUGCCAACAACCUGGACCUCCUGCUCAACUCGGGCACCUUGGCACUCACCCAGACAGCGCUUCGGCUGAUUGGUCCUAGUUGUGACAAUAUUGAGGAAGAUAUGAAUGCUUCUUCCCGAGGAGCCUCUGCUACAGUUUUGGAAGAAACGAGGAAGGAAACAGCUCCUGUGCAACUACCUGUUUCGGGGCCAGAACUGGCUGCCAUGAUGAAGAUUGGAACCAGGGUCAUGAGAGGUGUGGAUUGGAAAUGGGGCGAUCAGGAUGGCCCUCCUCCAGGCUUAGGCCAUGUGAUUGGUGAGCUGGGAGAGGACGGGUGGAUCAGGGUCCAGUGGGACACGGGCAGCACCAAUUCAUACAGGAUGGGGAAAGAAGGGAAGUACGACCUCAAGCUGGCAGAGCUACCGGCCUCUGCACAGCCCUCUGCAGAGGACUCCGACACAGAGGAUGAUUCUGAAGCUGAACAAAUUGAAAGGAACAUCCACCCUACAGCCAUGAUGAUGGCCAGCACUAUUAACUUGCUGCAGACGCUGUGCCUCUCUGUUGGAGUCCAUGCUGACGUCAUGCAGAGCGAGGCCACCAGGACGCUGUGUGGGCUGCUGCGGAUGUUAGUGGAAAGCGGAACGACAGAUAAGACAUCUUCUCCAGACAGGCUGGUUCGCAGGGAGCAGCACCGGAGCUGGUGCACGCUGGGCUUCGUGCGGAGCAUCGCUCUCACGCCGCAGGCCUGUGGUGCCCUCAGCUCCCCGAGGUGGAUCGCCCUGCUCAUGAAGGUGGUGGAAGGGCACGCCCCCUUCACAGCCGCUUCACUGCAGAGGCAGAUCUUAGCUGUACACUUACUGCAAGCAGUUCUGCCUUCGUGGGACAAGACAGAAAGGGCGAGGGACAUGAAGUGCCUUGUGGAAAAGCUGUUCGGCUUUUUGGGAAGUUUGCUCACUACCUGUUCUUCCGAUGUCCCAUUACUCCGAGAGUCCACACUGCGCAGGCGCAGGGCCCGCCCCCAGGCCUCGCUGACCGCCACGCAUAGCAGCACCCUGGCCGAGGAGGUGGUGGCGCUCCUCCGCACGCUGCACUCCCUGCCCCAGUGGAAUGGGCUCAUCAACAAGUACAUCAACUCCCAGCUCCACUCCGUCACCCACACGUGUGCUGAGAAGCCACUGGAAAGGACCCUGCUGGAGGACUACUUCCCGGACUGCGAGAACCCGGAGGUUGGGGGCCUCAUGGCCGUCCUGGCUGUGAUCGGAGGAAUCGAUGGCCGCCUGCGCCUGGGGGGCCAAGUCAUGCAUGAUGAAUUUGGAGAGGGCACGGUGACACGCAUCACCCCAAAGGGCAGAAUCACCGUGCAGUUCUCCGACAUGCGGACCUGUCGCAUUUGCCCGUUGAAUCAGCUGAAACCGCUCCCUGCUGUGCCCUUUAGUAUGACCAACCUGCCUUUCACAGAGCCCAUGCUGUCUGUCUGGGCUCAUUUGGUGAACCUUGCUGGUAGCAAAUUGGAAAAGCACAAAAUAAAGAAAUCACCUAAACAGGCCUUUGCAGGACAAGUCGACUUGGAUCUACUGCGGAGCCAGCAGUUAAAGCUGUACAUACUAAAGGCAGGGCGGGCCCUGCUUUCCCACCAAGAUAAACUGAGGCAGAUCUUAUCUCAGCCAGCUGUUCAGGAGAAUGGAACAACAGUUCAUACAGAUGAUGGAGCAGCCGCAUCCCCUGACCUUGGGGACAUGUCUCCUGAAGGGCCACAGCCCCCAAUGAUUCUCCUCCAGCAGCUGCUGGCCUCUGCUACCCAGCCAUCUCCCGUGAAGGCCAUAUUUGACAAACAAGAACUUGAGGCCGCCGCAUUGGCUGUGUGUCAGUGUUUGGCUGUGGAGUCCACUCAUCCUUCAAGUCCAGGCUUCGAAGACUGUAGUUCCAGUGAGGCCACAACACCAGUGUCCGUGCAGCACAUUCGCCCAGCCCGGAUGAAGAAGCGCAAGCAGUCGCCAGUUCCUGCUCUGCCUAUCGUGGUGCAGCUCAUGGAGAUGGGAUUUCCUAGAAGAAACAUAGAAUUUGCUCUGAAGUCCCUCACUGGUGCUUCCGGGAAUGCGUCCGGUGUGCCUGGUGUGGAGGCCUUGGUUGGCUGGCUGCUGGACCACUCUGAUGUCCAGGUUACAGAGCUCUCAGAUGCAGACACCGUGUCUGAUGAAUAUUCAGAUGAGGAGGUGGUGGAAGACAUGGACGAUGCAGCUUACCCAGUGGCUACUGGUGUUGUUGUGACUGAGAGUCAGACUUACAAAAAGCGAGCCGAUUUCUUGAGUAACGAUGAUUAUGCUGUGUAUGUGAGAGAGAACAUUCAGGUGGGAAUGAUGGUUAGAUGCUGUCGAACCUACGAAGAGGUAUGUGAAGGCGAUGUGGGCAAAGUCAUCAAACUGGAUCGAGAUGGAUUACAUGACCUCAAUGUACAGUGUGACUGGCAGCAGAAAGGGGGCACCUACUGGGUGAGGUACAUUCAUGUGGAACUUGUAGGCUAUCCUCCGCCAAGUUCUUCCUCUCACAUCAAGAUUGGGGAUAAAGUGCGGGUCAAAGCCUCGGUGACCACCCCAAAAUACAAGUGGGGAUCUGUGACGCAUCAGAGUGUGGGAAUUGUGAAAGCUUUCAGCGCCAAUGGGAAAGACAUCAUUGUAGACUUCCCCCAGCAGUCUCACUGGACCGGCCUGUUGUCCGAGAUGGAGUUGGUGCCUAGCAUCCAUCCUGGCGUGACGUGUGAUGGCUGUCAGAUGUUUCCUAUCAAUGGAUCCCGAUUCAAAUGCAGAAACUGUGAUGACUUUGAUUUUUGCGAAACAUGUUUCAAGACCAGAAAACAUAACACCAGGCACACAUUUGGCAGAAUAAAUGAACCAGGACAGUCUGCAGUGUUCUGUGGUCGUUCUGGAAAGCAGCUGAAGCGCUGUCACGGCAGCCAGCCAGGAAUGCUGCUGGACAGCUGGUCCCGCAUGGUCAAGAGCCUGAACGUGUCCUCCUCAGUGAACCAGGCUUCCCGCCUGAUCGACGGCACGGAGCCCUGUUGGCAGUCAUCUGGGUCACAGGGCAAGCAUUGGAUUCGUCUGGAGAUUUUCCCAGAUGUCCUCAUUCAUAGAUUAAAAAUGAUAGUAGAUCCUGCUGACAGUAGCUACAUGCCUUCCCUGGUUGUAGUGUCAGGUGGGAAUUCCCUAAAUAACUUAAUUGAGCUGAAGACCAUCAACAUCAACCCUACUGACACGACAGUGCCCCUCUUGAAUGACUGCACCGAGUAUCACAGGUAUAUUGAGAUUGCGAUAAAGCAGUGCAGGAGUUCAGGAAUCGACUGUAAGAUCCACGGCCUUGUCCUGCUAGGAAGGAUCAGGGCAGAGGAGGAAGAUCUCGCUGCUGUUCCUUUUCUGGCUUCAGAUAAUGAGGAGGAGGAAGAUGACAAGAGUAGCACUGGAAGCCUUAUCAGAAAGAAGACUGCGGGGCUAGAAUCGGCAGCUACCAUAAGAACAAAAGUGUUUGUGUGGGGUUUGAAUGACAAGGACCAGCUGGGCGGGCUCAAAGGCUCUAAGAUUAAGGUCCCUUCAUUCUCUGAGACCCUGUCUGCUUUGAAUGUGAUUCAGGUGGCUGGUGGUUCCAAAAGUUUGUUUGCAGUGACGGUGGAAGGGAAGGUGUACGCCUGUGGAGAAGCCACAAAUGGCCGGCUGGGGCUGGGCAUGUCCAGUGGGACGGUCCCCAUCCCGCGGCAGAUCACAGCCCUCAGCAGCUACGUGGUCAAGAAGGUGGCGGUUCACUCAGGUGGCCGCCAUGCUACAGCCCUGACCGUCGAUGGGAAAGUGUUCUCAUGGGGAGAAGGUGACGAUGGAAAACUGGGACACUUCAGCAGAAUGAACUGUGACAAGCCAAGGCUGAUAGAGGCCCUGAAAACCAAACGCAUCCGGGACAUUGCCUGUGGGAGCUCACACAGCGCGGCCCUCACCUCCAGUGGGGAGCUGUACACCUGGGGCCUCGGCGAGUACGGCCGACUGGGACACGGGGACAAUACAACGCAGCUGAAGCCCAAAAUGGUGAAAGUCCUUCUUGGUCACAGAGUGAUCCAGGUCGCCUGUGGGAGUAGAGAUGCGCAGACGCUGGCUCUGACAGAUGAAGGUUUGGUGUUUUCAUGGGGUGAUGGUGACUUCGGAAAACUGGGCCGGGGAGGAAGUGAAGGCUGUAACAUUCCCCAGAACAUUGAGAGACUGAACGGCCAGGGUGUGUGCCAGAUCGAAUGCGGAGCUCAGUUCUCCUUGGCCCUCACCAAGUCAGGAGUGGUCUGGACGUGGGGGAAGGGGGACUAUUUCAGGCUCGGCCACGGAUCGGACGUGCAUGUGCGGAAGCCACAAGUGGUGGAAGGGCUGAGAGGGAAGAAGAUAGUGCACGUGGCUGUUGGAGCACUGCAUUGCCUGGCAGUCACAGACUCAGGGCAGGUAUAUGCAUGGGGUGACAAUGACCAUGGUCAGCAGGGCAAUGGCACAACCACAGUUAACAGAAAGCCCACCCUGGUGCAAGGAUUAGAAGGCCAGAAGAUCACUCGCGUGGCUUGCGGGUCGUCUCACAGCGUGGCAUGGACAACAGUGGACGUGGCCACGCCCUCAGUCCACGAGCCCGUCCUCUUCCAGACUGCACGAGACCCAUUAGGGGCUUCCUAUUUAGGUGUGCCUUCCGAUGCUGAUUCUUCUGCCUCCAGUAACAAAAUAAGCGGUGCAAAUAAUUCUAAGCCAAAUCGCCCUUCUCUCGCAAAGAUCCUGCUCUCCUUGGAUGGAAACCUGGCCAAACAGCAGGCCUUAUCACAUAUUCUUACAGCCCUGCAAAUCAUGUACGCCAGAGACGCGGUGGUCAGGGCCCUGAUGCCAGCCAGCAUGCUCGCCCCUGUGGAAUGCCCCUCGUUCUCCUCCUCCUCGGCACCCACUUCCGACGCAUCUGCCGUGGGCAGCCCCAUGGCUGCAGAGGAGGGCGUGCUGGCUCCCGACAUGGAGGACAGAGUCAGUCCAAAUCCGUGGCAAGAUAAGAGAGAGAUUGUCUCCUCCGAAGAUGCUGUGACCCCUUGUGCGGUGACCCCGUCGGCACCCUCAGCCUCCUCUCGGCCUUUCAUCCCCGUGACAGAUGACCCGGGAGCUGCCAGCAUCAUCGCAGAAACCAUGACGAAAACCAAAGAGGAUGUUGAAAGCCACAAUAAAACAUCAGGCCCAGAGCCUCAGUCCUUGGAUGAGUUUACCAGUCUAUUGAUCACAGAUGACACCCGAGUGGUGGUGGACCUGCUCAAGCUGUCGGUGUGCAGCCGGGCUGGCGACAGGGGCAGGGAUGUGCUCUCAGCUGUGCUAUCUGGCAUGGGCACUGCCUACCCGCAGGUGGCAGACAUGUUGUUGGAGCUUUGCGUCACUGAAUUGGAAGACGUCGCCACAGACUCCCAGAGCGGCCGGCUUUCCUCACAGCCUGUGGUGGUGGAGAGCAGCCACCCCUACACCGACGACACCUCCACCAGUGGCACAGUGAAGAUCCCGGGUGCAGAAGGCCUCAGGGUGGAAUUUGACAGGCAGUGCUCCACAGAGAGGCGUCACGAUCCUCUCACGGUCAUGGAUGGUGUCAAUAGAAUCGUGUCUGUGCGGUCAGGUCGAGAGUGGUCAGACUGGUCCAGUGAGCUCCGUAUCCCUGGGGAUGAGCUCAAGUGGAAGUUCAUCAGUGACGGGUCCGUGAAUGGCUGGGGCUGGCGCUUCACGGUCUAUCCCAUCAUGCCAGCCGCAGGCCCUAAGGACCUCCUCUCCGAUCGCUGCGUCCUCUCCUGUCCAUCCAUGGACUUGGUGACGUGUCUCCUGGACUUCCGACUCAAUCUCACCUCCAACCGAAGCAUCGUCCCACGCCUCGCAGCCUCCCUGGCCGCAUGCGCACAGCUGAGUGCCUUGGCCGCCAGUCACAGGAUGUGGGCUCUUCAGAGACUGAGGAGGCUGCUCACCACAGAAUUUGGGCAGUCGAUUAACAUAAACAGGCUGCUGGGAGAAAAUGAUGGGGAAACAAGAGCCCUGAGUUUUACAGGCAGUGCUCUUGCUGCUUUGGUGAAAGGCCUUCCAGAAGCUUUGCAGAGGCAGUUUGAAUAUGAAGAUCCUAUUGUGAGAGGUGGCAAACAGCUGCUCCACAGCCCAUUCUUCAAGGUACUGGUAGCCCUUGCAUGUGACCUGGAGCUAGACACUCUGCCUUGCUGUGCGGAGACACACAAGUGGGCGUGGUUCCGACGAUACUGCAUGGCGUCUCGAGUGGCUGUGGCUCUAGACAAAAGGUCACCAUUGCCCCGCCUGUUUCUUGAUGAGGUGGCUAAGAAAAUUCGUGAGUUAAUGGCAGAUAGUGAAAACAUGGAUGUUCUUCACGAGAGCCAUGACAUUUUUAAGAGAGAGCAAGACGAACAACUUGUACAGUGGAUGAACAGGCGACCAGAUGAUUGGACUCUUUCUGCUGGUGGCAGUGGUACCAUUUAUGGAUGGGGGCAUAAUCACAGGGGCCAGCUUGGGGGCAUCGAGGGUGCAAAAGUCAAAGUCCCCACUCCAUGCGAAGCCCUUGCUACCCUCAGACCAGUGCAGUUAAUCGGAGGAGAGCAGACACUUUUUGCUGUGACAGCCGAUGGCAAGCUAUAUGCCACUGGCUAUGGUGCUGGUGGCAGACUAGGGAUUGGAGGGACAGAGUCAGUAUCCACCCCAACUCUGCUGGAAUCCAUUCAGCACGUGUUCAUUAAGAAAGUGGCCGUGAACUCGGGAGGCAAGCACUGCCUGGCCCUCUCUUCCGAAGGAGAAGUUUACUCUUGGGGAGAGGCAGAAGAUGGGAAGUUGGGACAUGGCAACCGAAGUCCGUGUGACCGCCCUCGUGUCAUUGAGUCUCUGAGAGGAAUUGAAGUGGUUGACGUUGCUGCUGGUGGAGCCCAUAGCGCAUGCGUCACAGCAGCUGGAGACCUCUACACAUGGGGCAAAGGCCGGUACGGCCGCCUGGGGCACAGUGACAGUGAGGACCAGUUAAAGCCAAAGCUGGUGGAAGUACUUCAGGGCCACCGCGUGGUGGACAUCGCCUGUGGCAGUGGUGACGCCCAGACGCUCUGCCUCACUGAUGACGACACUGUCUGGUCCUGGGGAGACGGGGACUACGGCAAGCUGGGUAGAGGAGGCAGCGAUGGCUGCAAAGUGCCCAUGAAGAUCGAUUCUCUCACUGGCCUUGGAGUAGUUAAAGUGGAAUGUGGAUCUCAGUUUUCUGUCGCCCUUACCAAAUCCGGAGCUGUUUAUACGUGGGGCAAAGGUGACUAUCACCGGCUGGGCCAUGGAUCUGACGAUCACGUGCGGAGACCGAGGCAGGUCCAGGGGCUGCAGGGAAAGAAAGUCAUCGCCAUUGCCACCGGCUCCCUGCACUGUGUGUGCUGCACAGAGGACGGUGAAGUUUAUACAUGGGGUGACAAUGACGAGGGACAGCUAGGAGAUGGAACCACAAACGCCAUCCAAAGGCCUCGAUUGGUAGCCGCCCUUCAGGGUAAGAAGGUCAACCGUGUGGCCUGUGGCUCAGCACAUACCCUUGCCUGGUCAACCAGCAAGCCAGCCAGCGCUGGCAAGCUCCCUGCACAGGUCCCCAUGGAGUAUAAUCACCUGCAGGAGAUCCCCAUCGUCUCCCUGAGGAACCGGCUGCUGCUGCUGCAUCACAUCUCCGAGCUCUUCUGCCCCUGCAUCCCCAUGUUUGACCUGGAGGGCUCUCUUGACGAAACCGGACUUGGGCCUUCCGUUGGCUUUGACACUCUCCGAGGGAUCCUGAUAUCUCAGGGAAAGGAGGCAGCCUUCCGGAAAGUAGUGCAAGCCACCAUGGUGCGAGAUCGUCAACACGGGCCUGUUGUGGAGCUCAACCGCAUCCAGGUGAAGCGCUCCAGGAGCAAAGGCGGCCUCGCAGGCCCGGAUGGCACCAAGUCCGUCUUUGGGCAGAUGUGUGCGAAGAUGAGCUCCUUCAGCCCCGACAGCCUCCUCCUCCCUCACCGCGUGUGGAAAGUCAAGUUUGUCGGCGAAUCCGUGGACGACUGCGGGGGUGGCUACAGCGAGUCCAUCGCCGAGAUCUGCGAGGAGCUGCAGAACGGACUCACGCCGCUCCUGAUCGUGACGCCCAACGGGAGGGACGAAUCGGGAGCCAACCGAGACUGCUACCUGCUCAACCCGGCCGCCAGGGCCCCCGUGCACUGCGGCAUGUUCCGCUUCCUGGGAGUGUUGCUGGGCAUUGCCAUCCGGACCGGAAGCCCCCUGAGCCUCAACCUCGCCGAGCCCGUGUGGAAGCAGCUGGCCGGGAUGAGCCUCACCAUCGCAGACCUCAGUGAGGUCGAUAAAGACUUUAUUCCUGGGCUCAUGUACAUCCGUGACAACGAAGCCACCUCGGAGGAGUUCGAGGCCAUGAGCCUGCCUUUCACCGUGCCCAGUGCCAGCGGCCAGGACGUGCAGCUCAGCUCCAAGCACACACACAUCACCCUGGACAACCGCACGGAGUACGUGCGGCUGGCGAUCAAUUACAGGCUCCAUGAAUUUGACGAGCAGGUGGCCGCUGUUCGGGAAGGGAUGGCCCGAGUGGUGCCCGUGCCCCUUCUCUCUCUGUUCACUGGGUACGAACUGGAGACGAUGGUGUGUGGCAGCCCAGACAUCCCACUGCACCUGCUCAAGUCAGUGGCAACCUACAAAGGCAUCGAGCCCUCCGCGGCCCUGAUCCAGUGGUUCUGGGAGGUGAUGGAGUCUUUCUCCAACACGGAACGCUCCCUCUUCCUUCGCUUUGUGUGGGGCCGGACGAGGUUGCCCAGGACCAUUGCUGACUUCCGGGGCAGAGACUUUGUCAUUCAGGUGCUGGAUAAAUACAACCCUCCCGACCACUUCCUUCCAGAAUCAUACACUUGUUUCUUUCUGCUGAAGCUGCCCCGGUAUUCCUGUAAACAGGUGCUUGAGGAGAAGCUGAAAUACGCCAUCCACUUCUGCAAAUCCAUAGACACGGACGAUUACGCGCGCAUCGCCCUCACGGGCGAGCCGGCUGCCGACGACAGCAGCGAGGACUCGGACAACGAGGACGCCGAUUCGUUCGCUUCCGAUUCCACGCAGGAUUAUCUGACAGGACACUAAGCUAGAGACACGCCAUCCUCGAAGCAAGAAGAGGCUGGGCCAGCAAAGCAGGCAGAGGGCAGCUUCCAGACGGCGGAAUGUCUGGCGUGUGUGAGACAUGGCAGUCUCCGAGGUGUGUGGGGAGUGGGCGGAGAGACUGACUGCCCGCCCAGCAUGGGAGCCGGUGAGGGGAAAUCAGCCCGGGCGCAUGUAACACGACGUAGCCGCGUAGACACCUGACGUCCAUUUCUGAGGUUUGAAAGGAUCUUCUUACCCCUAAUGCUGCACUACAUAUAGGACUCUGUGUUUACUACAGUGUGUAAAUGUGAUAUAAAUACUCAACCGCAGCUUCCCCCAAAACAAAAGCCUUUGAACGUGUGGGUGCAAUCAACUUUUUUUUCCUUUAUUUUUUCUUUCUUUCACGUGUUGUGCAUCAUCUUGAUUGUAUAUUGAAAAUACUGUGUACCAAUUAAAUCAUAUGAUUAACAUUUCAACUAAUUUUACUCUGAAUUUGUU